AUGAGUUUCGACGCUCCACUUGUGAGGCUUGCUUCCAGUUACAUUGUAGAAGUCUGCCCCGACAUCCAAGAAGAUGUAUUAGACUCAGCUACCAAUCUUAUUAAAAACAUGCUUAGCAAUAAAAUUACCUAUCAAACAUGCAGCUCACAAGUUUAUGAGUUAAUCCAAAAUACUACUCCAGUAGACCGUAUACAUGCUAUUCUGAGCGUUGAUAUUAGCUCACCAUUACAAGAAGACUUCGAACCAGAGAAGGCACCUGAACAGGGACAUAGAAGACGUGCCAGACCAUGGACACCAGAAGAAGAUCUCCGUCUUUUAGCUGGAAUCAACAAAUACGGACUUGAAUCUUGGGGAGAAAUCGUCAAGAUUGUCGGCAAUGGCCGCACAAGACCACAGUGCAGUCAAAGAUGGUUCAGAGGCCUUGAUCCAAAAAUUAAUAAGGCUGCAUGGUCUCCAGAAGAAGAUAAAAAACUUUUCCAUCUUGUUUCCGAAUAUGGAACCAAAGUUUGGUCAAAGAUUGCCGCCCAAAUGGGAUCUAGAAGUGAUGUACAGUGCAGAUACCAUUACUUCCAAUUAAUCAAAGGAUCGAAGCACGAUUCUUCUCACAGAUCAUCAUCGUCAAAGUUGAAAUCCAAGAAGAUAGAGAAGCAACAUAGUUAUCCAAUUACUGAUUUGACAUCCGAAUCAUCUCCAAAGCCAAUCGAGGCUAAACCGGCUCCAUCAAAUUUCCCAACUUUCGAUCUCUUCUCUGAUUCAUUUGAAUCAAUCCACUCUCUAACAUCAUUCGAUUUGACAUCUGCAAUUGACGACGAUUUUCCUUUUUAUUAA